AACGCUUUAGGUUCUGGAUUCUGCAGAUUUAUGGUCUGAACUUCAUUUGUAAGGUGGAAGAAAACCAAACAUUUUAUUUCACCUUCAGAGUAUAAAUGUAUUCCUAUAAGUUGCACCAGUUUGAGUCAUUUCCCUCAUCAGCAUCAUUAACUUCCUGGGGAAGCAGGUCUUCUGCACUGCAUGAUAGGAAAAUAAAACCCUGCGAGGAAACCUUAGCGUCUCGCUUCAGGCUCUUCAGAAAGACUUUCAUCUGUAUUUCCUCCUGGUGGAGAGGAAGUGGAGAAAAUGAGGAUUAAUUUCAUCAACAGUCCUCAACGUUUCCAACCUUCAGCCUAAAUCAUCAGAGCAGCUCUUCUUCUGAAAAGCCUUUCGGAUCUCAGCAGCCGCUCCCGCUGCUCACAGGAACCCGGGCCAACACCGAUUCAUGCCAACCCUCGUGACCGACUCCCCCUGGGCUGAGGCCGCGCCGCGCCAUCACACGCAGGAGAGUCGGCGGACGGACAGUCGGUGGACGGACAGUCGGGCGGCUGAGGUUUAGGCUCAGGACGACCGAAGUCAGAUUUCACGUUGGGAACGGCGGGAAGUCGGAUCGGCGGACGCUCUGGGCAUGUGGCGGUAGGACCGGCCGGCCACCAUGUUUUGCAUGGCAAAGGUGAGGCGUCGCUCGCUCCUCUGUUUGGGUCAGGAUGUUGGGUCAGAGCAGGACAGGAAAAGCACAUUGCGUCUUCCAGCGUCAUGUUUAACCCUUCAGGAGCUCAAACACUCCAGCGCCACAAAGAUCUUUUCUCCAGCACCUGCAGCUCAGUGGUCUUUACCUCCAUAGGGGGGUGGAGGCAAGGUGCUGCAGAUCUGGGCAGUGGGGGAGAUUUUCCUUCCCUUAAACUUUAGUGACAGCAGCUAGACCGGAGGCUAGACUUUGUCACACUGCCUCUGCAGCCCUCCUCCUCCUCAGCAUCCCUCUCCCCUCCCCACAACACGACUCCGCUCCUCUCCAGUCGCGCUGCAGCGUGUGAGACUGGAAGGCAGCCUCGGUGUGUGUGUGUGUGUGUGUGUGUGUGUGUGGAGGGAGAGAGCGGAGCGAGGCUUUCCCAGAGCAGAGCAGCAGCAGCAGCAGGAGGAGGUGAGCGGGAUGAUGAUGGAAGCCAGCUUUGACACAGAGGAGAGUUUUGAUGAUCCGUCCUGUCUCGCCCCGCAGCCCCCCGGCUCCGUGUCGCCGGCCAAGAGGCAGAUCGCCGAGGUCAAGGAGACCAAGAUCACAAUAAACUGUGUGACGUUCCCGCUGCCAGGAGAAGGUCCGGAGCAGCAGCUCCUCAAGCCCAACGAAUGGAGCUACUGCGAUUAUUUCUGGGCCGACAGGAAGGACCCGCAGGGGGCCGCCCACGUCACGGGCUUCGAGGUUCUGCUGCAGAAGCAGCUGAAGGGGAAACAGCUGCAGAAGGAGAUGGCCGAGUUCAUCCACGAGAGGAUAAAGAUUGAGGAAGAAUACGCCAAAAACCUGUCCAAGCUGUCGCUGAGUCCGCUGGCAGCGCAGGAGGAAGGGACUCUGGGAGAGGCCUGGACUCAGCUGAAGAAGAGCCUCCAUGACGAAGCUGAAGUUCACCUCAAGUUCUCCAGUAAGCUGCACACAGAGGUAGAGAAACCGUUGCUGACGUUCAGAGGCGACAACUUCAAGAAGGAUCUGAAGAAGUACGACCACCACAUCGCCGACCUGAGGAAGCAGCUGGCCAGCCGCUUCGCCGGCGUGGAAAAGGCUCGUAAAGCCCUGGCAGACCGGCAGAAGGAUCUGGAGGUGAAGACGCAGCAGCUGGAGGUCAAACUCAGCAACAAGACAGAGGAGGACAUAAAAAAGGCGAGACGGAAAUCCACACAAGCAGGAGAUGAUCUGAUGCGAUGCCUGGAUCUCUACAAUCAGACUCAGUCCAAGUGGUUUGAGGAAAUGGUCACAACCAGCAUGGAGCUGGAGAAGCUGGAGGUGGAGCGGGUCGAAUGGGUUCAGCAGCACCUGCGUCAGUACACCACCCUGCGGCACGAAACGGACAUGUUCAACCAGAGCACGGUGGAGCCGGUGGACCAGCUGCUGCAGAGCAUGGAUCCAGCCAAAGACAGGGAGCUGUGGGUGAAAGAGAACAAAACCGGCGAGGUUCGGCCUGUGGACCUGGACAUUUAGACCCGGAUGCCCUCAGGGUCACCGGGUCCGGGGAGGUCUGAGAGCGGCCCGGUUGGCGGACGGUGCAUGUGCAGCCUGCUGAGCUCUGACAUUAAUCACAACGAGGGAAGAUCGAACGCAGUCCUGGAAAACAAACGGAUCAAAGAACCAGCAUGUUCCUCCUAAACCUCACCCGUCAUUAAAGCGUUAGCUUACUGAAUGCCAUAUAGCGUACUCUGCUGUUUACCUGUUGUAAAUUAUAUAUAUAUGAAAAAAAUCUAUGUUCUUUAAAAGCUUAAAUUUAGCUUCAGUCAACUUGUUUCCAUUUUGUGCUAACCAAAAGAAAGGAGAGCUACAGUCUUAUUGUGGACGUUAACUUUAUUUUGGAUACAGAUUCUGAAACUGACUGAGGUAUGAUGAUGAAUAUAUUUUGAUAUUUCUUCCUGGUUCAUUUCGGUGGGGAUGCAUGUUCAACCCUCCAUGAUGGUGGUUUUGAUGUUGCCCAUUGAAUUUGCACAAGGUGAUCUGUGUUUUUAAUUUAGGCUCUUUCUGCAACAGAAACGUUCAGCCUCCUCACAUGUUCAGAGCGUCCAGCGUUUGGAACGGAAAUUCAACUCCCAACAUCAAAUUCAGGCCCGGGUCCGAUUGGGAUCCAGUCUGCGGGAAAAGGUGGUCCAAGUUACACGAAACACCUUUUAGUGCCUCUCAGUUUCUAUACCUGGAAUGUCCUUGAUAUAUUCUCUGCAUCAGUGUACAUUUGUAGAUACUGGUUAGAUGUAUUUUGCUGUGAAACGUUUUGACAGAUCUGCAGACGUUCAGGCAGGCGAGGUGUUUACACUCUACAACGUUGUUUAUUUUUGGUAAACAUGCAGGGAAUAUUUUACGGUGGUGUUCAGCAGCAGAAAGCAACAUUGAUCAAUUUGUGUGCUGAUUAACAGAUGAUUCGAUUAUGCAUUUCUAGAUUGGGUGGAUCCAGUUGCAGCACCAAGCCAGACGAAGCCCAUCAGAUCCCCGUCUGCAUGAAGAGUCAGUGUUCACGUGUGCAUUUCUCUGUCUUCACAUUUCCUCUGGUCUCUCUGUCUUCGGUUUAUUUGCUCUUUUAAUUCAGCUGCAAAGCACAAAAAAUAUUUUGAUGAAAGAUAAAUGUAAACUAAUGUUUUAAGUAUACAUUUUUAUUCUUAGUUUUGUGAAGAAGAGGAAAACGAUCCUGUUUUCAUCCCACCUGGCUACAUGUGCAGGCUUCGGUAGUGUAUUUGUUGUAGAGGUUUCAUCGUCGUGCGUCGGUGUUGUGCACUAAAUGUUGUUGUGUUCCAACUAAAUGUUCCUGAUAGGAGUUUGAUGAUGACGUAACGGUUGACCUAACUGGCCUGUGUGGUGACUGUUUACAUUAAAUUCCGUGUUUUCAGAAUGUUUUGAUCAUACGUGACCUCUGUCCCGAUCGUGAACCGAGGAAUGCAGUGUACAAAAUAAAUCUCCUCUGAAAAUUAAACGGUGCAGUGUCAUUACGUAACGCUACAGGGAAGUCAGGAUUGUAGAAAUGUUCCAUCAGUGGAAAGAUGAAUUUCUAAAUGAAAUUAUAUGCUGUUUGCAAGGACAACAGGUGCAGUACAUCUCUUGUAGCCAACCAUAACUUUAUUGUUUCCUGUGUUCUUGACAUUAGAUACUGUAUUAGAAAUAUCUGGAUACAAACAUGGAGAAAACUGUUGGAAAUAACCUGAAAGACAGAAAAAAUAACUUAAAAUUAACCAAUGGAAAUCAGAAAUUAUUUUUGAAAUGUAGUUCAAUAGGUUUGUCAUUCGUUGUUUUUUGAUAAAUAUUGUAACAAAGUUUAUGAGUUAGCAAACGGCAUCUUUCGUCCUGAACACAUCCCCGGUCGGCCCCACACCUGGCCACGCCCCUCACUGAAAUGCAACUACGUCACUUAAUCGUUUGAGGAGCCAUGACGGACGUCGGAGUGACGGACGGGACUAUUGAGGCGAGCGACUGAAAUUGGUUUCCUCAAAUUGUUUUUGCCAGUUUAUUCAUGGCUCCUCCUUGUUCGAGUCGAAGUAAUUUGUCUGUGAUUGUAACUCACCUGGUUGGGGCUCAUAGAUGGCGGGACUUUCAAAAGUUGCUAACAGCUAGCUUACGGUACUUCCUCCCUCCUGACGCCUGAAUUCAAGCCACACAUGGCGGUGCAGCAUCGUCUCCAUGAUGGUUAGAUGUACCUUCUCCUUAUAUUUGAUAUUUUAAUCAUACUUACUCAUAAAGUAUAUGAACGUUUGUCUUCUUACCCUGUAAAAAAUAUUCGCUGCGAACCCGCGGUUACACCGAGGGCUAACGGUCACUGUGAUCCAUCCAUCGCCACCAUAUCCUUCCUCAUUAAAGGUUAUAAAAUAAAAUGACAAGUUUGUUUGUGUAGCUGACGGCGCAACAUCUUGUGACCAUUUUUAAACUGAAAUCAACUAUUGUACUAGCUUUGAAGGAAAGAUAGUUUUAACAUCUGUCAUGGCGGAGUUCUGGGGAGCGUGACGUCAUGCGCAAAGGCUCUAUCGACUCCGCCCACUUUUCUGGAAUAUUUUUAUAGUUGUAGGGGCAGGCGAAGCUUUCACAGCGGGGUUGUUACACUUUAAGGAAAUCUGUAGAUAUUACUCUGUUUUUGUGUGUUUCCACUUCACAUACUACUACAUGUCAGGAUAUAUUUGAGCUUUUAAAAUCGGAAGUACUAAGUGUUUUAGAGUUUGUCACAAGUAUUUCCAGUUUGGAGCUGUGAUCCUGACCUGCGUUUUGCUGCCUUUCUUGACUGAAAUGAAUUCAACACCAUCCAAAUCCUCUGAGUUGUAUGUGGCUUUCAUUUCCAAAAAAUAAACUCUCAAAAUGUACUUUGCUCGAUUCAGCAAUAAAUG